GCCUGUACGUUUCGGUGGUUUUACGUCCCGCGGCCACCGCCGCCGGUAUCGGAUCGUUCCGACGCGCGCGAUCACAAAGCCAGAAGCGAGGCGCACCCGUGGCGGAGCGGAACCGCGUAUUCCCGGCGAGACACGCGCGAGACGGCUGACACAUCGUUGAUCCCUCGGGCGCGUCGAGUCGCCGGAGUCGCCGCCGCGAGUGUGCGGUGAGGCAAACGGUAGGAGCGAGGGGAUCAGCGGACACGGCGGCGAGGGAACGAGGGAGACGACACGCGAAGAGACGAGGAGACCGGGAGCACUGACGUGUGCGGGCGUGUAUCGGACGGCGUUCCGCGCGCGCGCGCGCGCGCCAUCGAGAAGUAAAGCAGCACCGCGUCGAGCGAGCGGAUGAAACGCGCGUCGCCGGCAUCCAGCGACGUUCAUUCAAGAAUGCAUUAAUUACGCGCGGUCCGGUGAUCGUCGACCAACCGUGCGUGCAGUCCUGCGUGACGUGCGACGAACGAUACUCCGGUGCUUCGCGGGAAAGAGAGAGAAAGAGAGAGGGAGAGAGCGAAAGAAAGAGUGUGUUCAACAUCGAACCGGACUAACGGCGAGAAUCGAGAUGCUCAAGUUCAUCAGGGGGAAGGGCCAACAGCCCACGGCUGAGCGGCAGAAGCUGCAGAAAGACCUCUUCGCUUUUCGAAAGACGGUGCAGCAUGGUUUCCCAAACAAGCCAACCGCUCUUGCCUGGGAUCCGAGCCUGCGGUUGAUGAUCAUCGGCACGGCAUCCGGCGCCAUCAAGGUUUUUGGAAGGCCAGGCGUAGAGUUUUAUGGACAACACUCUGUCGAGAGCGGUGAGAAUGCUGUCACGAAGAUCAUCGCAUUGCUUAACGAGGGUCGCGUGGUGUCCUUAUGCGAUGACAAUUCGCUCCACUUAUGGGAAAUCAACGAAAGUUCUGUGGUGGAAACGAAAUCGGUAUCGCUGGAAGGCAAAUUGAAGAAGAUUUCCGCAAUGUGCCUUGAGUCAAGCGGGGAACAUCUUUUGCUAGGAACGGAAGGCGGUAACAUCUACUUGUUAAACCUGAAGACUUUCGUCAUGCCGGACAAUAUUAUCUAUCAGGACGUCGUGAUGCAGAAUGUUCCGGAAGAUUACAAGAAGAAUCCAGGCGCGGUUGAAGCUAUAGCUGAACAACCAGGACAUCCGGACAAUAUCCUGAUUGGUUACAAUCGGGGUUUGAUGGUGCUGUGGAACAAAGCUACUCCAGGAGCUCAACAGCUGAUGGGUUUGUUUUCGCGUGCGCAGACAUUCGUCUCCACGCAACAGCUGGAGUCGGUCCACUGGAUCUCGGAGAACCGCUUUGUCUCGUCUCAUAACGACGGUUCCUACGCAUUUUGGAGCCCGGGUAGCGACGCCGUGCCGGACCCCACGACACUUUACGGGCCGUUCCCGUGCAAAGCUGUUACCAAAAUUCUCGUGUAUCCCACUGCGGAACAUGGCGAACUUGUUCUGUUCUCCGGUGGUAUGCAACGCGCCAAUUAUGGGGAACGGCAUACAAUUACCGUCAUGACCAAGGAAAAGCAUCUGGUCUUUGACUUUACUUCUAAAGUCAUCGAUUUCUUCACCGUUUUCCCUAAGCAGGAAGAAGGGAACGAUGAGAACCCCGUCGGUCCAGAAGCGCUUAUAGUGUUAGCUGAGGAAGAAUUGGUAGCAAUUGAUUUGACUAAUCCUGAAUGGAAGAUGAUGGCUCUGCCCUAUUUGGUAUCUCUUCACGCGAGUGCAGUGACCUGUUCUCAACACGUGCCUAACGUUCCCGAGGAACUGUGGGAAGCGAUUAUCGCAGCGGGUAAAGCCCAAACAGAACAUCUUUACUCGGACACGGCUUGGCCGAUCGACGGUGGUAUCAUUCUCUGCCAGAAACCGGCAAAUCCCGACAAGUCAAAGAGCAGAGAACUGUUGCUUACGGGACAUGAGGACGGCACCGUAAGGUUUUGGAAUGCAUCCGAUGUUGCCUUGACUCCGUUAUAUAAAUACAAUUCAUCGCUCCUGUUCACCGGCGAGCACUUGGACGUUUUGGAAAAGCCACCGGAAGAUGACGAGAACGAAUGGCCGCCGUUCAAGAAGGUCGGAAUCUUUGAUCCGUACUCAGAUGAUCCGCGACUUGCCGUGAAGAAGAUUCUGCUCUGUCCGUUAUCGUCGACACUCGUGGUGGCCGGUACAGCCGGCUAUAUCAUCACUGCCACAAUUUCCUCGGAGCCAGUUAAUAAGGAGAUCAAAGCAGUAACGAUGAACAUCGUCAACGAUCGUGACGGAUUUGUAUGGAAGGGCCACGAUCACCUGACGCCGAGGACAACAAGUAUAUCGCAUGCAGUCGGAUUUCAACCUCAGAGUCUCCUUCAGUUGUAUCCACCGGCCGCCGUCACGGCUCUAGCAUUGCACAGCGAAUGGGGAUUACUUGCUGCCGGCACAGCACACGGACUCGCGGUCUUUGAUUACACCAGGGCAAAAGCUGUCAGUGUCAAGUGCACGCUUAACCCAAAUGAUCUCUCGGGUGCGGGCGAUACGCCCAUCUCGCGGCGGAAGUCAUUCAAGAAAUCCCUUAGGGAAUCCUUCAGGAGAUUAAGAAAGGGACGCUCGCAGCGUCGAGCGAAUACUAACAGUCCUACCCGAAAUACUACUGUACCAGAGAAAAAGAAAGACAGCACUGCUUCUUCGCCGAGUGGUGAUCUAUCGCCAACGGUGGAUGUAAAGCCGGUGGAGAGACAAGUGGAAGCGAGGCCUGUUGACGACGCUCUAGGCUCCAUGGUUCGGUGUUUGUACUUUGCGAGAAGUUACAUCAUUAGCCUACAAAAUACAACACCUACGCUCUGGGCGGGCACCAACAACGGUACGGUCUACGUUUUCACGUUGGCUAUACCGGCCGGCGUGAGAAGAACAGAAGAGGACGUCAACUGCACACUGGGCAAGGAAAUACAGCUGAAGCAUCGAGCGCCCGUGAUUGCAAUCACGAUUUUAGAUGGAUCCAGCGUGCCGUUACCAGAACCCUACGAGGCCGAGAAGGGUGUGGCACCUGGGCCAGACAUGACCUCUCCACAUAGAGUGGUAAUUGCCAGCGAGGAACAGUUCAAGAUCUUUAAUUUGCCCUCUCUGAAACCGUAUUGCAAGUACAAACUGACCGCUCACGAAGGAUCCAGGGUGCGAAAAACCGGCUUUGCUAAGUUUUCAUGUCUCGUCGAGCCAGCGGGGACCCAUGAGGAAACGUGCUUGCUCUGCUUGACGAACCUUGGCGAUUGCUUGGUGCUGAGCAUACCGGAACUGAGGAGACAAUUAAAUGCCGCCGCGAUCAAGAGAGAGGACAUUAACGGUAUCUCUUCCUUAACAUUCACGAAAGCCGGCGAAGCGCUGUAUCUUCACUCGAGUUCGGAACUUCAGCGAAUUUCCCUGUCGGCAACGAAAGUGACGAAAGCGCAUUGCGCCCUCAAUUUACCGCCCCAUGCUAGAUCGUACGCGGAGAACGCUGCUAACGAGGUAGCGCAGGAGGAGGGUGUUGUUGAAGGCGCGCCCAAAGCUGAGGGAGAUACGCAAGGAAACCAACCACCGACUGCAGCAAACCGAGUUAUCACGGAAAAUGGCGUAGUGGGUGCCACUGGGGAGGAAGAGUCUCCGAAAGAACCAUCGCUGCGACCGGCUACGAGUAGUAUAGACGUAAAUGGGGAGGAUGACCGUCAGGAUUUGAGUUCCAUCGGCGACAUUACGAUCGACAGUGUUAAAGAUCAUUUGCUUAACAGUUCACUUUUCAGAAACGCCACGUCUUCCGAAGAUCUGCACAAUCGUUUGGCAGGGCUUAAGAUGGAAGUCACCUCACGAACUUCCGAGAUAGCCACGCAGAAUCAAUCGUUAGUGGUGAAAACUACUACGGUGGUUACACAAACUACGAAUAGCACAACCGCUAACGGCGAGGUCGAGACGAGUCAAGCGAAUGAAACGCAACAAAUGAACAGCACCACAGUAGAGCGAGAGAUACGCAGCGGUAUCGAGACAACGACGACACACGCUACCAUCACUCUACCCCCGAACGUCGAGAUUAGUGCUGCGGAUUUGGCCAAUUUGGAGGUCACUACAACUACGGUCACUACUACUACAGAAAGGUCCAAGGCGCCGUUGGCCAGGCCAGAAGAAGAAGUUGGCUCGUAGGCCUGUUCCACGUCGUUUCUCCACACUGACCACAUGCAUCGAUUUCGCGCUCCGCAUAACGGUGCCGUCAAUAAUUAGUUACUCUUACUUAAUAGAUAAAUACUUGUACACAUGCGGCGAUAUAGAUAGGAUUUAUAUACGGUAGACUUUUUUAAGGAAUUUAGAUUUCUAUGUGCAGCAUUUUAGCAACGUUAAUCACACGAGCGGCGAGUGAUUAACUUUUAAUAUGAAUCCUUUUUGCAUUUCACAUUGACAUCUAUCAUUGCAUUCUUACUUGAAAGUAUUCUAAGCGAAUGACACUCGGAAUUGGCGGAGAGUCAAUGAUUUCUAACGAAAGUAGGCCUAGAGAAUGUUUUAUUUAUCGCAUGACGCAAGAGAUAGGAAUUCUCGUUGUGAUUUCUUUACAAGUGAAAUUUUAAGAUAUUAAUUAUUAGUUAAACACGAUUAUCUUUCUAACCGAUAAAUCGAAACGAGUAAGAGUUUUACAAGUUACUGUAUAUCAAAGUAUUACUAUUUACAAUAAACUCGAAAGAAAUUUUAAUCACAAAAAUUAACACAUUUUUGACCAAUUUAAUUUAAUAACGAUUUUUAAAGAAAGAAAAAGACACUAUUGUGCACUCAGUAUAAUCUUGCAAAAAUUUAAAAAAAUCGCAGUUUACAGAUCAAAAAGACGACAAUGAUGAAACAUCACAAAACACGAAUUACGGUAUGUAUUUUUAACUAUUAAAGAUACACGCGACUUAAGCCAUCCGCAGUAUUCGAGAUGUUUCGAGCGUCUCGCGGACGGUAAUGUGGCAUGCGACACGAAGACGCUCCAAACAAUAAGAAAGAUAGCUACUUAAGUAGAUUACAUAUUUUACGAACAAGCAAGGAGAUUAAACGUGGCAAAUUUAAGAGGAAACAUCUGUUGAUGGUCAUGACGUAGAGAGAGCGCGUUGAAGAUAUAUUUUUUAUCGAUGUUGCUUAAUCAUUAAGUUUCCAGUCUCUUCGCUUUUUCGCGACUCGAGGAACAUGCAGCCGAGAUUACGAAAUCUCGGAAGCGCGCUUAACGUGCUACGAUACCGACAUAGUUACUUUAUUGUUGCAUUUAUCUGCAGUCUUCUUUCUUUUUAGACCGAAUAAUCGCAUGGAUAGUUUUUAGCGAUGAGCGAAUUAUUACGUACAACGUUUUAUGCCGAUAUAUUUCAUCAGCUUGGUUUAACAAUGCAGGAGUGUGUGUACCGGUUAUACUAAAUAUUUUAUGAUUUUGAUCUCAUGGUAGAAUUCUCAUAGCAGUGAUUUUUGUUCACGUUACAUCCAGAAAUCGCAUUUUCUCGCAGCGAUGCGUCGAUAAUCCUACAAUAUUGUACAAAACCGGAUCCCUGCGAAACUGAAGUACAACAAAUUGACGGAGGUAUUGUGCCCGUUUUAUCAAUUUUAUAUUCAUUAAUUUCGUCGUUAAUAAUAUGAAAAAUUUUGAAAAUUUUAACCGACGAACAUUUUAAAGUAAGCAUGUAUUGGCGAUAAUAUCAAUUAUUCUUAAUGCGACGUGGGGUCGUUGUAGAUAAGUUCUAAUCUCGUCUAGUUUCAUAAUUAUUUUUAUUCGCGAUUAUACAUUUACAUUUGAAGCAUAAUGCCACUUAGUAGUAUAUAUUUUAAAUUUGUACACUUAAAAAAAGGAACAGAUUUUUGUAAACGAUAAAGCAGAUUAUAACUUGUCGCAAUUGUAAAACGUCAACGGUAUUCAUUGAAUUGAAUCAAGUCCGAGUUUACCGAAUCAUGUACAGUAUGUGCACUCGCAACAUUGUACAUUGUUUUUUACUUUGAUAAACUAUUUGUAUAGUGUACACAAAGUGAAACUGAUGAGAAACACUGCCCCUAAAAACUUCUUUCCUAUCGACAUUGUUAAAUACCGAUUGUAACAUGUCUCAUAUAUUGAAUGCCUAUUGCAAAGAAAUAUAUAUAAGCAAUUAUA